AUGCCGUCCCACCCAAGAUCCUCCGCCUCGGCCGCCUCCUCUCCCCUUAAGCUCGACCUAGCACGCACCUAUUACAAGGCCCGCCAUCCGCGCAGCCGCUCUGACCCAAUACGAGUGUCAGGUGCAGGGUCGGGUUUACGCGCUUGGCACACCUUGCCGAUGAAGGAAUCGACGCAGGGGGAAACACGCUUCAAGAUAAGUGACCGAGUCGAGGCAUAUUGGAUGGACGACGAGGACACGCCGCAGUCGUGCGCGGCCCUGAUCAUCGAGAUAAGAGAAGUGAGGUGGGAUAGAAACAUAAGGAAGAAACAUAAGAGCGUCCCGAAAUUGUGCAAGGAACCUGUGACGUUGUUGAUGGUGGCCUGGUUCUAUGAGCCGGCGUUCGCAGCCACAAUAGGUGCUCACGUAACGGCACCUACGGUAUCCUCUCAUAUCGACAUCAUCAGCAUCGAGUGCGUCCGGGAACGUGUGAGACCGGGGAAGCGAAUUGCAAUCAACGCGGUCCUCAUUACUCAUGCCAAGUCGGUGAUUCCGGCCAAUACAGUGGACUGGCUCCCCAGGCAAAGGCAGGGCCCCCCCACUCCAGUAGCCGUCCCGGUGACACAGGGCUCGUCGAACCACGACACGAUGGAAGAGACGGUGGACGUUCCGCCUGUGGACAACCCUGACACCACACUCGUCACUACAGACAAGAUGGACGAUAUACAGAACUUGUUGACCGAGGUGCGCGACGAGGUGGCCACACCACAACACGACACAGUCGCACCACACGACACAGUGUACAUACCAUCAGAUGUGAUGGUGAACCCAACGCCGCUCCCACCAGUCGACAUAGUGCUCUCAGCAGACACAUGA